AUGAGUCGCAAUUUCUUCCCUGUGGUCAUGGCCAUUGGUGUCGGUGUCUUUACUGGCUACUACACCUUCCAGCCAACUUUCCAACAGAUGGCGAUCGAAAAGGAGCAUAUUCCUCAGCAGUCGCAGUCUACCGGUCUGCCUCAGAAGGAGACCAAUGCGCCCUCCAACCCCGCUGUCGAUAGCUCCAAGCCCGAGGCUCGGGGCAGCAAGUGA